GGAAAGCGAUUCCUUAGAGAAAGGAUCUUGAAAGUUUAAUUUCUGACAGUUGACGAUGAAGUGUGCCACGUUAAUCCAAAUUACCUCUAGGUAUCAAACUGCAAACCUUGUGAAAUGUAGACGGAUCAGAAAUUGGUCAUGGAAGGACGCAAGCAAAUGGUUUCCCUUUGUUAGAAAAGGGCCUGGAGAGUAGUUUUCUUACACCACGUAUUCAUCGGUAGUUGUUCGAUGCAGGCCAUAUUUCUCGCGGGCUCGAAUUCACCACAACGUGACAUGCCGAAAAGUUAGCUUCGAACGAAAAGAAGUGAUAUUUUAUCAACAUAAAAGCCACUCCGACCUCUUGGACUCGUAAAUAUGUUUUCAGUAUCAUUAAGAGGACUUAGAUGUCAGAAAGCUCUCAAGGAAGCGAUAAGAGGAGCCAGAUCCAUCUGCCUUAACUCCGGUUAUAAUAAUUUGCUGUUUUUACAAACUGGAAGGAAAAGUGCUGUGUUGCAAGUAAGAAACUAUGCCACCCCUGCUAAGAAGGCCACCUUUUCCAGGAGCAAACCUCAUGUCAACAUUGGCACUGUGGGUCACGUAGAUCAUGGCAAGACAUCUCUCACAGCAGCAAUCACCAAAGUUUUGGCGGAAGAAGGAGCCGCAAACUACAAGUCGUACACUGAUAUCGACAAUGCUCCAGAGGAGAAGGCCCGUGGAAUAACAAUCAACACAGCACAUGUUGAAUAUCAAACAGCCAAUAGACACUAUGGUCAUGUUGAUUGCCCAGGUCAUGCUGAUUACAUCAAGAACAUGAUCACAGGAGCUGCUCAGAUGGAUGGUGCCAUUCUUGUAGUUGCGGCAACUGAUGGACAGAUGCCACAAACCAGAGAACAUCUCUUGUUGGCCAAUCAGGUUGGUGUCAAGCAUCUUGUUGUGUUCCUCAACAAAGCGGAUAUCGUAGAUGACCAAGAAGUCCUAGAACUGGUAGAACUGGAGAUGCGAGAACUUCUCUACGAGUAUGGCUACGAUGGAGAAAACACACCCAUCAUAACAGGAUCUGCACUGUGCGCCUUGGAAGACAGGAACCCAGAGUUGGGCAGAGACUCCAUUAUCAAACUCCUGGAAGCUGUGGAUGAGCACAUUCCAACUCCUGCAAGGGACCUCGACAAACCGUUUCUUCUUCCCAUUGAGGAUAAUUUCUCCAUUCCAGGACGUGGCACUGUUGUAACGGGGAGAGUCGAAAGGGGCACGAUCAAGACGGGUGAUGAAGUGGAGGUUGUGGGUCACGGCUCGAAGGCAAAGACGAUUGUGACAGGUAUUGAGAUGUUUCACAAGCUCCUUGAUAGAGGCGAAGCUGGCGAUAACUUGGGAGCCUUGGUCAGAGGACUGAAGCGUGAGGAGGUCAAACGUGGAAUGGUGUUGUGUGCUCCUGGGACUGUCAAAUCACACACCAAGUUUGAGGCUCAGGUCUACAUCUUGAAGAUGGAAGAAGGAGGAAGACAUAAGCCGUUUGUGUCCAACUACCAGCCUCAGAUGUAUAUCAGAACGGGAGAUGUGGCUGCGACUAUUACCCUCCCUGAGGGGAAAGAAUUUAUCAUGCCUGGUGAAGACGCCACCUUUACCAUCAGCCUCAUGUUUGACAUUGCACUCGAACAAGGCCUCAGGUUUACCCUCAGGGAAGGCAGUCGGACUGUGGGGACAGGGGUGGUGACAAAGAUUAUCGAGUAAACUACUUUGUUUGCUCUACCGACCCCUUCCUAGUAAUUUAGUUUGGUGUCUAUGUUCCUGUGUGGUUUCCUUGAUUUAAUUUUCGUCGUGACAAAACCCUUGUUGUCCGUUUAGCCAGCGCUGUUUUGUCUAAUCUCUCUCUUUUUCAUUGUGACAUUUUGUCAAAUAAGGGGAGUAAGGCGGCUUGGCCAACGAUCAGUUGUGCUCAAAGACAAAAACUUUACAAUCUAAAAGAGCAAAGGCGCUCUUCUUGUACAGUUAUAGUUGAUCCUGACAUGCAAACGAGGCAUGUGGAUCUUGUCUCGUUUCCAUGUUGAUCACAACUGUAACAAGUGCUAUAGAGUCAUGCAUCUCCUGUAGUUCAAUUACAAAGCGUGUAUGUUCUUUCAGUAGCUUUCAUACAAACAUUUUUUUUGUUCAGUGAAGUUUUCAAGUCGGCCUUAUGAUUUCAGCUGACGACAUGAUGUAUUUGUUCAAAAACUCCAAUCAGAGUUUAAGGGGGCAACUCGCUGGCAGAAAGAAAGUCCAUAUUCCUAAACUGAACUGCGCCAGUGCUUUUUUCAGUCAGGCUUUCCAUGGUUUACAACGUCACGUUUAGCCAACAACUUGUGAUGCCGAUGAAUUGCUUUAGGCAUUAAAGUACAAAGCGUGGAUGAUACUCCUA